AUGAAUAAAUUUCAAGUUAAUAUCAUUCAUCAUUAUCAUAAAUUUCCUCAACCUUCGGUAGUAAAACCCGUUGUCAGCAACGCCACGCCUAGCUUAAGUCAACUUCCUCUCAUAGAGUUACCAUUUCCUCCAACCAUUCGUGCAUCAGAUAUAGCGCAGAAAAGAUUACGUUCAAGAAUUUGUUCAAAAAGUCCAAACGCAUUUUUCGUAUACCGUAAAGCGUUCGUUGACCAGCUAGCAGGCUUUGGAGGAAAUAACAAAUUAAAAAUGACCGAAGUUUCUAGACUCGUAUCUUCUCGUUGGAAGAGGGAAAGUAAACUAGUUAAAGAAGCUUAUGAGGAAAUUGCAAAGCAAGUUGAAAAGGAAUUAAAUGAUAUUAGGAACAAGGAUUUGGUAUACACUGAUGAUUUUAACAAUGGAAACGGAGGAAGAAGGAAAACUAAAAAUCGUAAAAGGGGUCGAAAGUCUAAUUCAGGAUUUGGUAGCGAUGCCUUCUUCCUGAGUCUUAAAGGAGGAAAUGCAAAUUUCAACAUUUCAACUCUUGAUUUCUCCGUGAAACCUGAUAGUUAUGAAGAAAACAACAUGAAAUCCAACUCUAGUCCUAAUUCUUCGUAUUCAUCCGAAACAUCAAUCACCGAAUGUGAUGGAUCUGUGAAUUCUGAGGAAAGCUCAAGUUCGGAUGAGUCAUCAGUUGACAAUCAAACAUUCAUUCCGCACUUUAAUCCCACCGUUAACGCAUACAAUGAUCAUUUUCAACAAUUGCAACAACAAGAUAGUUUCCAAGUUACUAGCCAGUAUUAUCCUAUUUCGGAGGUUGGGUUGAUGAUAAACUCUGAUCUUAAUUUAUUAACCCCAUCCCUGGAUUGUGACAGUGAAUUAAAUUUUUGUCACCAAAAUGAAUAUAAUUCUUUAUUAAAAGAUAAUGAAUUUUCAACAUCAAGUUCUUAUACGUGUCAUGAUUCCUUUGAGAAUCGUGAUUUAGAAUUUUAUUUGGGUUAUUAUGAUAGCUUAUUAUAA